UCAUAGAACGUACUUCAACAUAUCCAACGUAUUUUCCAGCCUGUCUAUCUGUCUUUUGGCUGUCUAUCCAUCUUUUACAAGGAUUUCACUAGAACAGAUCUUCCACUUUGAUUGCCUGGUCAGUAUCUCUUAGCUGUCCAUUUUCAUCAGGCCACAUAUAGCCUAUAAUAUUUUAUAUUUUUUAUGUAGAAUUUAUGUGAGUUCACAACUCACAACUCACACAAGUUCACAACUGAGGCAAAUGAUGACAGGGUUCCAUGGACAUCUUGGUGCCAUCACUUGCUUAUGCCCUUCAAUGAGCCUGUGCAAGAACUUUGAUAAAUCUCAAGCUCUUUCACACUAAUCAAGCUAUUUUCAGACUACAUAUAUGCGUGUUAUAAUAAGUACAAUUUGGGAUCUUAUAUUUUGCUUUUGCAUUCCCUCCUUGUGCAACAACUGAUGUCCCCAAAAGUUACCACAUUAUUUUGUUAAGUGUAUUGUGAGAUCUCUGGUGUGUUUUCUCAAGUCCUCUCUGAUUACCAAAUAGCCGAGUUCAGUUUAUGUUGAGGACGUUCACAGGAAGGAAGAGCAUCUUGACCAAACAUAUGUGCUGAAAUUGCAGUAAUUUCAUCAUAUAACCUCAAACCUCAAGCUAGCAAAGGAAAAGGGGAAGGAAAUGACAAGCUGGAUCGACACAAUCUUUCAGUCCUCAUUCGUUUUACAACUUCUUUGAUCCUUGGAUUUCACAGUGCAUUCAAGAUGGUCCAGGUCCAUGCAAACCAAAAAGCAGCUGUAAUCGUUUUAUUUCUGCUUGUAAUGUAUUCCACAGUGUCUGGUGGAUCUUCAAAUCCUGGACUACCUGGCCCUCCUGGACCACUUGGUCCUCCUGGACCUCCUGGACCUGCUGGACCCCAUGGUUUUCCUGGGGAACCUGGGCGUCCAGGAUUGUGCACCUUCUCUGAUAAAAGUUUGGAUGUUGAUAGACUUUGUGGUCUCCCUGGCCGUCCAGGGAUUCCUGGAAAUAGAGGACCAACUGGGUCUCCUGGAAAACCUGGAGAAAGAGGACCUCCUGGGAUUCCUGGCCCUUCUGGUGAGCCUGGGCAAAAGGGACCUCCAGGGGCACCAGGAGACUGUGCCUUUUCUGAAGAUUGGAGACACUCUUUAGAUCAUACUGGACCUACACUGAUUGCUACAGUUGGAUGUGUUCUUGCAGUUCUGGAUGCUGCUGCCCUAGUUGCUGUUGUUGUUUUCAUCAUGAGGAUGAAGGGAAAUGCAGCAGCGAGAGACUCAGGAGCACAGAGCCCUGAUGUGGACCCUCCUGAUGACACGUACACAGCUCUGAAUCCCAGGACAAGAACACCUGAAUAUGACACUCUUGAUCAUUUUAGGAAUCCAUCCAGUGCUCGUGGCCGAAGCCCUAGAUGAAACUCCAGCUCAUGUUAAACCAUAACUCCGUACUCCUCCAGAUGUCAACCGACAGGGGACAGUGUUUUACAAACACAGACACUGAUCACAGGCACACGUGUGUGUGUGUGUGUGUGUGUGUACUCCCGGAGACUAACAACUUAGAUGUUUAGACAUUAGAUGUUUUUAAUUUAUUAUUAUUAUUUUACAUUUAAUUAAAAUCCUACACUGUACCACUGUACUGUAUCUGUACUGUCUGUGCCUUUAAGGCAGGCCUGAAGUUGAAUUCCCUUCUUUGACUCACACUGAUGCAACAUCCUGUCUAUGACCACACAAAUGGUGAGGAGGAAGUGUGCGUUUCAUUUCCUGUGAUCUCUCUCAUUCCACUGGCUGUUAGUGUUACCUCAAGUGUUACAGUAAAAGUAUACUGGUACCCCUAUUGGUGGCAAUGUUACAGUAAAGUAUACUGACACCAAAAAGCUUUGAAUAAACUCCCCUCUGUAGGGUCAGAAAAUA